AGCCCCGGCCCCAGACAUAGCAGCCGCCGAGGUGUUGAUGCCCAAGAAGAACCAAAUUGCCAUUUAUGAACUCCUUUUCAAGGAGGGAGUGAUGGUGGUCAAGAAGGAUGUCCACAUGCCCAAACACCCUGAGCUGGCAGACAAGAAUGUGCCCAACCUUCACGUCAUGAAGGCCAUGCAGUCUCUCAAAUCACGAGGCUACGUAAAGGAACAGUUUGCCUGGAGACAUUUCUACUGGUACCUUACUAACGAGGGCAUCCAAUAUCUCCGUGAUUACCUCCACCUGCCCCCCGAGAUUGUGCCUGCCACUCUGCGCCGCAGCCACCCUGAGACUGGCCGACCACGGCCCAAAGGUCUGGAGGGAGAGCGACCUGCAAGACUCACACGAGGGGAAACUGACAGACACACCUACAGACGAAGCGCUGUGCCCCCUGGUGCCGACAAGAAAGCUGAGGCCGGGGCUGCGUCAGCAACUGAGUUCCAGUUUAGAGGCGGAUUUGGUCGUGGACGUGGUCAGCCACCUCAGUAAAGUUGGAGAUGUUUUGUGUUGAAUAAAUUUGUAGCCAGAAAAAAAAAAAA